GGGUGGCUUCACAGUAGACUACAAGGGAAGGACGGUACCAGAGCCUGUAGAUAAAGUUCUCUAUGCCUCGUUUUUGAAGGUGUCCCUGUGGUCAACAUGCAUGCUGGGAGGACACUUCAGUGCAACACAUGUGGAAAGGUGUUUAAACAUGCAGGACAUUUAAGGCAACACCAGAGGGUUCAUACUGGUGAAAAGACUUACCCUUGUAAAACAUGUGGAAAAUCUUUUACAAAAAAAUAUCAUCUUAAAGUACAUCUGAGGAUUCAUACUGGAGAAAAGCCUUUCCCAUGUACAGCAUGUGGAAAGACUUUUCUACAAAAAGGUCAUCUUCAGAAACACCUUGUGAUUGAUACUGGAGAAAAGCCUUUUCUUUGUACAACAUGUGGAACAUCUUUUGCAACAAAAGAUAUUCUUCAGGUACACCUGAAGAUUCAUACCGGAGAAAAGCCUUUCCCAUGUACAACAUGUGGAAAGACUUUUCUACGAAAAGGUGAUCUUAAAAAACACCUGGUGAUUCAUACUGCAGAAAUCGGAGAAAAGCCUUUCCAAUGUACAACAUGUGGAAAGACUUUUCUACAAAAAGGUGAUCUUCAUAAACACCUGUUGAUUCAUACUGGAGAAAAGCCUUUUCCUUGUACAACAUGUGGAAAGUCCUUCAGAGAAGGAGGCACUUUAAGGAGACAUCAGAUGAUUCACACUGAUGAAAAGCCUUACCUAUGUACCACAUGUGGAAAAGCUUUUAGAGAGGCAAGUGAUUUAAGGAGACACGAGAGGACUCACACUGGUGAAAAGCCUUACCAAUGUACAACAUGUGGAAAAGCCUUUAAACAGGCAAGUUCUUUAAGGACUCACCAGAGGAGCCACACUGGAGAAAAGUCAAUGUAUCACUGACUAGA